AUGCCCACCAAUCCCAAAGACACGAAAACCCCUUCCCCCAUGCACACACCUCCCACAAACCCGCGCUCUGGCCCCACAGUCCGGUACUUAACACGCUUCCCCGCCCCAACUCCCCUUCCUAGGGGUACCCACGGUCACCUUCGCGGACCACCCCGCCCCAACCCCAACUUCUCAGCUCUCUCUCUCUCACCACCGGAGACCGCGACUCUCGGGCUGGUCUCCCUACUCCACAUCCUCCCACACACGCACCCUCCCCACUUCCUCGCCCUCGCCUCCCUCCCGGCUCCCGACGCGCUUUCCCCCACCUCCCCUCGCUCUCCUCACACCCCCAAACCCCUUCACCCGCCACAGCAGGCUCCCCGCCUCCGGCCCCGAGGCCCAGCCCGGGCACGGGGGGCAGGCGCCCCCUCUCCCGCCCCUCAUGCCGGCCCCGAGCCGGGGCACGUUCAGGGGAGCCUCUGCGAGAGGGGUCUGAGGAGGACGACGCCGGACCCGCGGUCCGUCUCCUGUUCGCCGCCCCCGGAGCGCUGGGGUGCGGAGUCGCCUCUCGGGUUCCCCAGGGACCCCGGGUUUCCCAGCACCAACUCCAGCGCUCGGGCUCUCCCCUCCCCUCCCCCCACCUAUCUCGCAGCCGAGGGCCCGCCUUCCCUCAGCUCCCCCUCCUCCCUCCGCCCGCCGGCCCUCCCGCCCGCCACUCACCAGCGCGGCCCGGCUGCGAGUGGGGGCGGGGCGGAGGGCGGUGGAAAGGAAGAGGCUGUCCGCGCCAUUGCCAGCUCGAAAACCGUCCGGGUCGCCCGCCCCCUGGCAUAUCGAUGCCCCGAGCUUAGCUCUGGGGUGGAUGAUCGCUCGCAAAGGUUCGGAUAG